AUGCUGGAACCUUUAAAUUCUUUAUUAAAAGUUGAUAUACCAUUCUGUUGGGGUUCAGCACAAGAACAGUCUUUUCAGAAUAUUAAGAGAAUGAUUACCGACGCGCCAGUUUUAGCCUUUUACGAUUAUAGCAAAACAAUAAUUAUUCAAGCUGAUGCCUCUAGUUAUGGCUUGGGAGCCGCGUUGAUACAGGAAAGCAAUAACGGAGACCGAGAAGUUGUUGCAUACGCGUCGAGGACGCUUUCGGACACCGAAAAAAGAUACAGCCAAAUCGAGAAGGAAUCUAUUGCCUUGGCUUUUGCAUGCGAGCAUUUUAAAGAGUAUGUUAUGGGUAUUGAUGUCGUUUUGGAGACCGAUCAUAAGCCUCUACUCCAGAUAUUAAAAACCAAACCAUUAGACGAGCUCACGCCGCGACUCCAAAGAGUACGCAUGCGACUAAUGAGAUAUAAUUAUUCUAUUAAAUAUAUUCUAGGUAAGCAAUUAGUCCUGGCGGAUUCCUUGUCGAGACUCUCACCGAGUAAGAAUCCGGGUUCAUGCGACAAUUUGACGGAAGAAAUUGAGGGUUAUCUGAGGUUUGUUAUAAAUAAUUUACCGGCGCCCAAAAAUACGUUGGACAGAAUUUCCUAUGAGCAGCAAAAUGACUAUAUUUGUAAAAAUUUAAUUAAGUUUUGUUUAAACGGAUGGCCUCAAAAGAGUAAUCUUCCGGAAGGGUUAUUGCUAUAUCUUGCAUUUAGCGAUAAUAUCUCGUAUAUCAACGGGUACUUGUUGUAUAACUCCAGGUUGGUUAUCCCACCAACGCUGCAAUUGGAGAUUUUGAAUAAGAUACAUAGCGGUCACUUAGGUAUAAGUAAAUGUCGUGCUAGAGCGAUGCAAUCCGUCUGGUGGAUUGGCUUGGGCAGCCAACUAAAAAACCUUGUAGAAUUCUGUCCUAAUUGUGUUGAGCAACGCAAUAAUCAUAAAGAGUUGUUUGUAAAGGAAAAUUUCCCUGAAAGACCCUGGCAAAAAGUAUCUAUAGACUUGUUCAAAUGCAAAACAUGGUACUUGGUUAUGAACGACUAUUAUAGUAGAUUUAUAGAAAUUCACGUGCUAAAAAAUCUUACUUCCAGGGAGGUUAUCGAUAAAUGCAAGGAAUCAUUCGCUCGUUUUGGUAUACCGGAAAUAGUAAGAUCAGAUAGUGGAACUCAGUUUAAGUCUGAAUUCGAAGAAUUUGCGAAAAUGUACGGUUUUUCUUCUAUUACUAGUUCUCCAAAGUACCAACAGAGUAAUGACGAAGCUGAAGCUGCCAUCGACGCCACUAGACAAUGGUUAUAG